AUGCCUUCAAGUUGCCAAUUACUCUGCAGUGCAUUUUUGACAUCAAGUCAGUGCGUCUCCGGCAUAAUGAAUAUUUACGCAGCGAUAUCGUGCCUCCUCGCCUUGACGGCGUCUGUAGCGGCUGACGGACUAUUAGGAGGGGGUCUAGUAUAUGCGCCAGGACAUGCCUCAGUAGAUUAUUAUGCCUAUCCCAGAUACGCCUUUGAGUAUGCAGUGAAGGAUCCUCACACAGGUGACAACAAGGCGCAAUGGGAGAAACGAGACGGCGACGUAGUUAAAGGAGCUUACUCACUAGUGGAGCCGGACGGCAGCCUACGUAUAGUAGAAUACUGGGCCGACGCGAAAUCAGGUUUCAACGCUGUAGUGAAGCGUGUAGGACCUAACUUGCACCCAGUGUCAGUACCUGCAUCCAUCUACAAGGCGCCGAUCCCAGUGCUGGGACAUGCGUCUGGAAUUGCACCCAUAUCUGUGGGACCUAUUGGUAAACUUGGAGGUCUAGCGGGCGCCCCUCUGAUAUCGGGACCUAUUGUGGGAGGAGCUAUAUCCACGGCGAACCUUGUGAAGACCGCGGUGCCGAUAGCACCCAUAGCGCCUAUAGCGCCUAUUGCUCCCAUCGCACCAAUAAUCAAGACGCCAAUUGCGCCAAUCGCGCCCAUCGCGCCAAUCGCACCUCUCUCAUCUUACGGGCCGCUUAUCAAACCAGUUGCUCCCAUAGCGCCGCUACUACCAUCAUACGCUGGCCUCCCUGGUCCCAUAUACAAGGCUGGACCAGUCUACCCUGCGCCUCUACCCGCCCCAAUUAUCAAGUCUGGACCCAUAUUGACAGGAGGUUUGGGAGGAUACCCAGCACCGUUGCCACUGUUUAAGGGUGAUGGUCUAGGAUAUGGUGGAUACGCAGGAAUUAAGGAUAUUGGACUUGGAUACGGCGGUUACGCUGGAUUGAAGGGUGACGGUCUGCUAUUAGGCGGUUAUGGGGGCUACAGUGGACUGGGCGCCGGUUACGUCAAAGCUCCCCUUGGCGGUCAUGGAUUAUUAGGUGACGGACUACUGAACACUUGGGGCGCGGGACCUUACUACGGCAAGCAUUAA